AUGUGGAUGAUUCUGGCAACUGCUUUUACUUUAGCUUCUACCAUUUCACAUGGUCGAGUUCUGCUUUAUGAUACUGAAAACAAUGAUGCGAUUCAGAAAUUCGAUUGUAUAUAUGAUAUUAAUGAGGAUGGAACGGAUAUUUCAUAUUGUAGACGUCCUUAUCGGAUUGAACAGCUUUAUCGAAAGAGUAACUACUGUGAAAAUCAAGGUGAAAAAAACCUAUUCCGAGAUCUAUUUCAUCAAGGUAUUCAACCUAGCGAAGUUCUGAAGUGGAGUUCAAGCAUUGAAAUGGCUGAUAUGUAUGCUAGUCUUUUCUACAAUCAGUCACAAAUUGAAUAUGAUCCAGAUAAUGAUGAUGAUCGGUUCCUCUGUAACUGCACAAAACCAGGAACAUUUGGGAAAUACUGUGAAUAUGAAUUAACACACCAUGCUACAUCAUUUCAUGAAGCUAUGGAAGCUCAAUUUAAAGAUAAGAAAGAAGGUGAUUCAUGGAAUACUCAACGAUAUGGAAAAAUUCUUUGUUAUGACACAAUUGGUAAUCCAGACAAUGGUAUGUGCUUCGAUUGGCGAGAUAUUUGCGAUGGUCAUCAACAGGCUUCCUUUGGCAUGGAUGAACAAAACUGGGAUAUGUUGGAAUUUAAUGAAUGUGAAGACGAUGAAUUUCGAUGUGUCAAUGGUAUGUGUAUUGCAGAAGAAUUUUGGCUUGAUAGUAAGCAUCUUAAAAUGAUAGGUUUUCUCAUGAUAUAUUUGAUCUUUGUAGAUGAUCCAGAUUGUAUGGACUGGAGUGACGAAGUAAGACGUGACAGUGACAUAUGCUACUAUACUCCGAAUACAAUGAAUUGUGACGAGCAUGUGUGUUCACGUCAAGAAUAUUCUUGUGGCGACGGACAGUGCAUUUCAUGGUAUGAUCGAAUAUCAUUUCAACGGUGGUUACCAAGAUCAACCGAUUGUUUUAACAAACGAAAUCUGAAUUUUAUGUGUGAGUUGAGCUUUCAUCGACGUACUUGGACUCUCGCUAAUGGUUUAUGUUGGCCUGACGAAAACUAUGAUGAUCCUCUAAACUCUCCAUGGCAUAUCAUCAAUUCAACAAGCAGUGUUUCAAAUCAAGAAUGCAAUUAUCUAGUUCGAUGUUUUUUUACGGACAAUUUCGAACGAGACUGUCCAUGUAAAGACUAUGAUUGUAUUGAAAUAAUGAAACGUGUAUGUCCAAUGAAAUCUCACGUUAAUUAUCCAGCACCAGGAGUGAUUAAUAACAAUACAUACAUCUUAUACGACUUGUCAAAAUUAUCUCAAAAAGAUCCGAAUGAUUACAUCUUCGUACUUUAUGGUGAAGUUUUAUGCAGAGGAUAUGAAUUCGUAUCUGAUUCUCAACAAAUGUUAAUUGUAUCGUCUCAUGGGGUUGCAGUGCGUGGUACGAACGAAAUGCUUUGUACAUUUCACGAAAACCGCAAUUACUUUUCGUCUUUUCAACGUGACAAGUUCUGUUGGAAUGAAUCUUUAACAUUCAAUGGUCGCCCGUAUGCUGUUGCUCUUGAAGUUUGCCGCAGUGGAGGAUCUUGUAUCUCACAGUAUAGAAUUCGAGACGGAUUUCCAGACUGUUCUGAUGGUCAAGAUGAAUCCGAAGUAUUCGAGAAAGAUUAUUGUACAGGAAAUGUCGGUCGACAUCGCUUUCGAUGUUUUAAUGACGAACACAGUUGCCUUCAGUUGCACGGGAUGGGCAAUACACGUGAUGAUUGUUCGAAUAUGUUUGAUGAACUAUGGUAUGGUACUGUUAAGAUUGGUACUAAACUUAGAUCAUGUGAAAAACAUGAUAUUACAGCAUGUAAAACUUUGAGAGAAUAUAUCAAGACGUCAUCUACAAAUAUUACAGUUAGUAAUCAUUCGCUUGACCAUUCGGAAUCAUCGGCAUCGCUUACUAAUAUAAUAUUUCGACAGUAUUGUGAUGGUUUUUGGGAUAUGGAUGCACAAGCUGACGAAUUACCUUCUUAUUGUCGCUAUUGGGUAUGUCCAAAGUAUGAAUAUCAAUGUCAAACUGGUCAAUGUAUCCCAGUUGAAUGGGUAUGUGAUGGAGUAUGGGAUUGUAGCGAUGCUUCAGAUGAAGAAGCUAUUGUGCUCAUUAAAAAAUGGUCUUCUCACAACACUAAUCUGUAUAAUUUGGAAAAUCGAACCGAACAAUGUCGAAAAAAAUAUUCACAAUUACCAUUUUCUAAAAUUUGCAAUGUUUCUUUUGAAUUUGGUUGCUAUCUAUCUCGAGUAUCAAAUCCAUUAGAUAUAGUCACCAAUCGUCCAUGCAUUAAUUUUACUCAAAUUGGAGACGGUGUCGAAGAUUGUUACAAUGCUUAUGAUGAAAAAAAUACAAUUCAAAUCGGUUCAACAAUGUUAGGGUUUACUCUUCGUUGUGAGAACACAAUCUUAGCUCAUCAAUAUGCCUGUCUGGAUGGAUACGCUCAUAAUUGUAAGCAAGUUCUCUGCUCCAAACAUCGAGAUGAAAACAAAACAUGUUCUGGUGGUUUUGAUUUCAUUUGUCUUGGAAAUAACAAGUGCAUGAAAAAUGUCAGGUGUGACGGCAAACCAGAUUGUCCACAGGGAGAAGAUGAAUAUUGGUGUGAUUUUAGCAUGGGCGCAGGUCAAUUCACUUAUCGUUUGGACAAAUUGAUAUCUAAGAGCACUAGUGAGUAUAGUUUCAAUAUUGCAACAUUUCCAUUUGAAGAUGCAAGUCAGUCUAUUUCCAACAAAGAAAAAGUUUCACACAUCGAAUAUCGAAAGAAUCAUUCUUUCAUGGUUCAUUCUUAUCAAUGUAAUCGAGGUGUAGCUAUUCUUCAAAUAAAUAAAACUAUAUGUUUGUGUCCACCUGCAUAUUAUGGAAAAUGGUGCGAAUUUUUCAGUGAUCGAAUCACCGUUAUUGCUCGUCUUGACCAAGAAACAUUACCGAGAAUAAUCAUAGACCACACCUUCAAAGUUCAAUGCAAUUUUCUAUUUCGCAAUAUAAUUAUCGAUUCUCAUGAAUUUAUCAUUGUUCGACAAAAUUCAAAAAUCAAAAACAUGAAACAUAAAUUUUAUCUUUUAUAUUCACGUUCCGACCAUAUGCUUGAACACAAACGAGCACGUUAUUUCAAUCGUAGUGAUGUAAUUAAUAACCAUCCAUAUUCGCUUCAUUUUGAUAUUUUCUUAUCAGAACAAAAUAAAACUAUGAAAGAAAUUGGUUCAUGGCAUUAUCCAGUUUACUUUGAUUAUUUACCUGCAUUUCGUUUGGCUGUUGUCUUGAAAUUUCCAUCGUGGUUCGAUAAUGCUACACUUGAUCCUUGCUUGAAAAAUAAUUGUACUGAAAAUUCUAUUUGCGCGCCAAUUCUAAAUCUCAAUCAUUCCUAUUAUUGUUCAUGCAAGAAUGGUUAUUACGGAAGAGAUUGUAGCAAAUAUGAAUCUCUUUGUCAUAAGUACUGUUCGAAAAACUCUAUUUGUCGAGCUAAUCAUAAUACUAUUCUAAUGAAUCAAAGAAGACCAUAUUGUAUAUGCACACUAAAUUAUUUUGGGCCACGAUGUAUUUUAAAAAAUGAUCCAUGCUAUUCAGAUCCUUGUUUCAACAAUGGAACUUGCUUGGUUCGAGAACAUUCAAACAGAGAAACAUCAUACAUUUGUAACUGUUCUACGAGAUUCUAUGGUGAUCAAUGUACCAAAGAAAAAGCAUUUGUGCAUAUAAAUCUCAAUAUGAAAAAUGAUUCGUUUGUUCGUGCAACUGUUAUUCAACUGUACAGUCUGAAUAAAACUACACUUCAUAUCCAAUAUCAACAAGUACAGAAUGGUUUGUCAUCAAGAUUUCACUAUGCUCAUGAAGGUCCUUAUGUACCACAUCUGGGUAUUGUGAAAAUUUAUACGAAUGAAACAAAUCCACGGUAUUUUAUUAUGUAUGUAAAACAGGAACAGAGCAUCAAUAUAACAUCAUUUCCUCACCAAUAUAGUAGCCCAUCUGUACCAGCUGUUUUUAAGUAUCAUCAAAUUUGUCAAAAUAAUACUGAACUAUAUUGUUUUCAUGAUGAAAUCUAUUUCUGUUUUUGUUCAGUAGACCAUUAUGAAGCUGCUUGUAUCAUUCAUAAUCCUCAAAUUGAUCAUUGUGGCAAAUGUUUAUCUAAAGGCCAAUGUCUUCAUGGUGAUCUAAACAAUUCAAAGGAUUUUAUUUGUCUUUGUCCAAAGUGUUAUCAAGGACCUCAUUGUGAACUCAAUUUACAAGCAUUUGGUUUCACUCUCGAUUCACUUCUUAUCGAAUUUUCCAAAAAGAUUAAAAUUAUUUAUACUUCUAUAGCUUUAUUACUUUUCAUUGUGGGUCUUUUCAAUAAUAUAUGUUCAUUCAUUACAUUCAAAAGGUCUGCACCUCGAAAAGUUGCAGCUGGUAACUAUUUAUUGAUUGCUUCGGGUCUCAAUCAGGCUGCUCUACUUUGCUUACUUCUCAAACUCCUAGAACUCACAUUUGAAAUUCCUAAUGAACAUUUAUGCAAGGCAAUGUCCUAUCUUCUUUCUGUAUUACCGAGAUCCACCUUCUAUCUAACAAGUUGGAUUACUGUUCAUGGCGUUCUCAUGACUAUCUUUCCAAAUGGAAAUGCUUCGAAAAAUCCUCGUAUAGCUAUUGUAGUGAGCACAGUUACAUUGGUGAUCAUAUUUGCUAUGCAUGUACAUGAAAUAAUCUAUUCAACUAUUAUUCAACAUGUUUCAACUGAUUCAUUUAUGUGUGUCAUCAACAUUCGCAUUCAAUCGAUUUUGACUUACAAUCGUAUUACAACUUUAAUGCAUUAUCUCUUACCAUUCUCAAUUCAAAUUAUUUGCAUUACUACUCUUAUUAUUAAGGUUGCUCAAAGUCGACUUAAAGCAACUAGAGAAAGAAAAACAUUUUAUCAAAUAUUGAAAAAACAAUUUCAAGCUCAAAAAGAUCUUUAUAUCGUACCAAUAACUAUUGUAUUGUCUUCUCUACCACAAAUCAUAAUCGCAUUUAGUUUAGCAUGUAAACAUCUGGAAGAUUGGCAGCGUCAUGCAUUACUUUGUGCCUAUUUACUUUCUUAUGCACCACAAAUUCUGGGUUUCAUUCUCUAUAUCUUACCAUCAACUCUUUACAAAAAGGAAUUCAGUCAGACAUUAAUUGGUAAGAACAUGUUCAGAUGGUUACCGCCGAAGAAGCAAUAA